AUGUAUGAUAUUGGAAUUAUUCAACCUAUUGGACGAUUUCCAAAACUUGCUUAUUGUUAUUUAGAUAUAAUAAAUGAUAAUGAUUGUUGUUUUUUAACACCAACAAUUAUUUCUUCAUCUUUAAAAAACUCAUCUAUUCCAUAUUUGGAUUGCACUUUAAAUCAAUUAAUAUAUUUAACUAAAUAUAUACCUAAUCUUCAAUCACUCAACAUACGUAUCGUUGAUCAUUCGACUAUUCUACAAAUACCAACAAUUAUAUUUUUAUCAAUUAAAAAUUUGAAAGUUCUUUUUUUUUCGGUACUUUACAUUCAAUGA